AUGGAGCAUGUGCUCUAUAUGGAGCAUGUGUUGGCGCUGUACAACAUCCCCUGCCAGCGAUUGUCCAAGCACGACAUGCCUGGGAAACUACGACAAUGCUCGUGUCAGGCCUGAGGCAAACAUAUGCUGGAUAUUUUCGAGCUCGACAUUCUUGAGCUCGACCUUCAACAAUACGCUGUGAGGCUUGAUGCUACUUCUCCAGCAUAUGCUCUGCAUGGAGCGUAUGCCCCCCUCUAUAUGGAGCAUGUGUUGGCGCUGUACAACAUCUUGCUGCCAGCGCUGGUGUGGAGACACGAUCUUGGAAAUCACAACAACGCCUGCCCGUGUCAGGCCCGAGGCACACAUAGCCAGCGCGUUUCGACAACCACAGCGCGACUGGUUGGCCCACUAUGACCUGCACUGAAGGAGAGAGGAUUCCGGAUAGCCCAAACAAACUGCAAUGGGUCCAAAUGGAUGGUGAAUUGAUGUACGAGGCCCCACGAGAACCUUUCACCUGCGCAGGCAACCCUCCCUUCGGAUUCACCCGCCCUUCAGAUAACGCCGUUCAACACUUGAGGAAAGUGGCCCCACCAGAGUCUGAGGGAAGAGUACAAUGGGACUAUAAAUGCAUGCGCUCUGCACUCCCGACUUUGUUUGAGAAUGACAAAAUCCCCUCCUUUACCGUGGAUAGAACACACCUGCAAAGACUAAGCGAAGACGGGGAGUACACGUACGCGGUCUCGACUCAGUUCUACGCCCUCAGGUUGAUAAUCCUGAUUGAGCACGGUCUCAACAUCGGCCAACCCGUUGGUUACCCUUUUUGGAUUGGUCCAAGAUCCCUUGGCGCAGACUUAACGCAAGCUAAAGCCCCUGGUGAAGGGCUUGGUUAUAGAACACCUGUAAGUUCGAUUGGCAACGUAUUUCCUGUCCAGACUUCAAUGCUCAUAUUCUCUCCUGUUUGUUUACCAAUGACGGUUCCUAGGACGUUAAUCAUGAAGCGAGAUGAACCCAACCCUGAGAUUGGACGACAGCUUGGUGUUGCACUUCGAACUCUGGAAAAAAGAGGUGCGGUUGACCUUGGACCCUUGGCGGCGGCAUACCGCAUAUACCGUGGCGAGUCAGUCAGUUCGAUGUCGGAGGAAGACUCGGCAGAAUUCAUCCUCUGGCUUUUCCACAACAUGGAUCCACAAGCAUUGGGACAGACGGCAGAAACACCCAAGAAAAGUGUCCCAAACCCAAGAAGAGUGGCCGCGACCAAAACCGGCGACCAGUUUGUUUAUGACUCGAUGUGGCGGCAGAGAACGAUUGCUGCAAACGAGGCUAUGUGGCGAGCUGGAAGACAAAUGUUCGGCCAACACAGUCAGCAACCAAAGGUGUCUAAACGUUUGGGGGCGGACUAGGUAGGAUAUAGGUUCCUGGCCUUAGACCCUGUCGGCACACGGCAUAGGAGCCAUUCGCUCAUGAUUCCCGGACAGUUGUCGCCGGCGUAUGUCCCAACUCUCAACGUCACGAGGGAGAGACCCCCAGCAGCAGAACUGGAGCAACU